UCGCAUUGGAAGUUUGAAAUGUUCUUAUUAAUUCUCCUUUCCUUUUUAUAUGUAGUUAAUUGUCAACUGGAAGAAAAAGUGAAACCAGAAAGAUGCUAUGGUGAUGACAAGAUUAUGGAUAGACGGUGUUGUGUAUUUCCACCAUUCUUCAAACGAGAUAUUGCCAGAUCCUGCGGUGCUAGGUUCGCUCUCAUGGAAAUAGUUAGGGAUCAUAACGUAACCAACUUAAGAAGAGCGAACGCUAAUGAAGAUUGCAAUUAUUGGAAAUGUCUGCUAAACAAAUACGGCAUGUUGGACUCCAACGAUAAUCUGAAUGUCGAUAAUUAUUUUAGUCACCUCGACAGGUGGUUGUCACUCAAUCCAGAUUUUAAUCCAGCAUUAUUGAACGCUAGAACUUAUUGUCGUGACUUAAAAAGAUACUACUUCCCUCUCACGCCUUGUGAAUUUUAUGAAUUUCACCUUUGUAUACGAGGACACGUUAAUGUGCACUGUCCAGUGUUUAUUCAAUCGAAGGAAUGUAUGGAAUGGAAGGAAUUUUACAACGACUGCAAAGAGUAUUACAUAUAAAUCAAAAUUAAUAUUAUUUAUAAUCUAAUUUAUUCUUAUCGCAUUAUUAAAGAUGACAAUGAAA